CCCGCCACCAACAGUCAGUAUAUUGGUUCAACCUUUAUGAAGAAGCAUCUGAAGAGUGUUAAUUCUAAACCUGGAUAUAGAGCGCAAACUUUGUCACAUCUGUGGCAAGUCCCACACAGGGGCCAGCAGUCCCCUGUCUGGGACUUGCGGGCGCCGGCAUCCAGCCGACAAGCCCUGUCGCCCUGCCUCCCGCCGCCAGCCACGCCGCCAAGGCCAGGCACCAACCAUGGUGAACAAUAUCACCAUCAAUGGUGAUGGACAUUCCAUCAUCAUAUCCGCUCACCCCAUAUCUGCAGGCGACGCCCCCCGCCUGGCAAAAAGCCAAAAAGGAGAAGGCGGCCGGACAAGGCCAAGAGAAAGGACGAGGGGGAGAAGGAGGUGGAGGCGGCCGAAGAGGGCGACAAGCCCAGCUCUGAGUGUGCUUAUUAUUAACCAUAUAUAUAUUAUUCUGUAUAUAGUAAUUUCCGUCA